UCCGAUCCCAUGGCGGCCUCGCUCGAGGACCUCAAGAACGAGAACGUCGACCUCGAGAGCAUCCCGAUCCAGGAGGUGUUCGCCGUGCUCAAGAGCUCGCCGCAGGGGCUCACCUCCUCCGAUGGCGUCGGCCGGCUCCAGAUCUUCGGCCCCAACAAGCUCGAGGAGAAGAAGGAGAGCAAGCUGCUCAAGUUCCUGGGAUUCAUGUGGAACCCGCUCUCCUGGGUCAUGGAGGCUGCCGCCAUCAUGGCCAUCGUCCUCGCCAACGGAGGGGGGAGGCCGCCGGACUGGCAGGACUUCGUCGGUAUCGUCACGCUGCUCUUCAUCAACUCCACCAUCAGCUUCAUCGAGGAGAACAACGCCGGCAACGCCGCCGCCGCCCUCAUGGCCAGCCUCGCCCCCCAGACCAAGGUGCUGAGGGACGGCAAGUGGUCGGAGCAGGACGCGGCUAUCCUGGUGCCGGGCGACAUCAUCAGCAUCAAGCUGGGCGACAUCAUCCCGGCGGACGCGCGGCUACUGGAGGGUGAUCCGCUCAAGAUCGACCAGUCGGCGCUCACUGGCGAGUCACUCCCCGUCAACAAGCUUCCCGGCGACAGUAUCUACUCCGGCUCUACGUGCAAGCAAGGCGAAAUCGAGGCCGUCGUCAUCGCCACCGGCGUCCACACCUUCUUCGGCAAGGCCGCCCACCUCGUCGAUAGCACCAACAAUGUCGGCCACUUCCAGAAGGUGCUCACCGCGAUCGGCAACUUCUGCAUCUGCUCCAUAGGCGUUGGAAUGCUGAUCGAGGUCAUCGUCAUGUACCCAAUCCAGCACCGGCAGUACCGCGACGGCAUCGACAAUCUGCUCGUGCUGCUCAUCGGCGGGAUACCCAUCGCCAUGCCCACCGUGCUGUCGGUGACCAUGGCGAUCGGGUCGCACCGGCUGUCGCAGCAGGGCGCCAUCACCAAGCGGAUGACGGCCAUCGAGGAGAUGGCCGGCAUGGACGUGCUCUGCAGCGACAAGACCGGCACGCUCACCCUCAACAAGCUCACUGUCGACAAGAACAUGAUCGAGCCGUUUGUGAAGGACAUGGACAAGGAUACGGUAGUCCUGUACGCCGCACGAGCAUCGAGGACCGAAAACCAGGACGCCAUCGACGCGUCGAUCGUGGGAAUGCUCGCUGACCCCAAGGAAGCCCGUGCCGGCAUCCAAGAGGUGCACUUCAUGCCGUUCAACCCCGUCGACAAGCGCACCGCCAUCACCUACAUCGACUCCGACGGGACAUGGCACCGCAUCAGCAAAGGCGCGCCGGAGCAGAUCAUCGACCUGUGCCGUCUCCGGGAGGACGUGAGCCGGCGGGUGCACGCCAUCAUCGCCAAGUUCGCGGACCGCGGGCUGCGGUCGCUGGCGGUGGCGCGCCAGAGGGUCCCCGAGUGUAACAAGGACGCGCCCGGCAGUCCGUGGCAGUUCCUGGCCGUGCUCCCGCUGUUCGACCCGCCCAGGCACGACAGCGCGGAGACGAUCCGACGCGCGCUCAAUCUCGGCGUGAACGUCAAGAUGAUCACCGGCGACCAGCUGGCCAUAGGCAAGGAGACCGGGCGCAGGCUCGGCAUGGGCACGAACAUGUACCCGUCCAGCUCCCUGCUCAAGGACGGCGACACGGGCGGACUCCCAGUGGACGAGCUGAUCGAGAAGGCGGACGGGUUCGCUGGCGUGUUCCCUGAGCACAAGUACGAGAUCGUGCGGCGGCUGCAGGAGAGGAAGCACAUCUGCGGGAUGACGGGCGACGGCGUGAACGACGCACCGGCGCUGAAGAAGGCGGACAUCGGGAUCGCGGUGGCGGACGCGACGGACGCGGCCCGGGGCGCGUCGGACAUCGUGCUGACGGAGCCGGGUCUGAGCGUGAUCAUCAGCGCGGUGCUGACGAGCCGCGCCAUCUUCCAGCGGAUGAAGAACUACACCAUCUACGCGGUGUCCAUCACCAUCCGUGUGGUGCUCGGCUUCCUCCUCCUGGCACUCAUCUGGCGGUUCGACUUCGCGCCCUUCAUGGUGCUCAUCAUCGCCGUGCUCAACGACGGAACCAUCAUGACCAUCUCCAAGGACCGCGUCAAGCCGUCCCCCAUGCCCGACGCCUGGCGCCUCCAGGAGAUCUUCGCCACCGGCAUCGUCCUCGGCACCUACCAAGCCCUCGCCACCGUCCUCUUCUUCUGGGCCGUCCGCGACACCGCCUUCUUCACGAACACGUUCGGGGUGCACCCGAUCGGGGAGAGCACGGAGGAGCUGAUGGCGGCGGUGUACCUCCAGGUGAGCAUCAUCAGCCAGGCGCUCAUCUUCGUGACGCGCGCGCGGAGCUGGUUCUUCGUGGAGCGCCCGGGCCUGCUGCUCGUGGCCGCCUUCCUCGCCGCGCAGCUGGUGGCCACGCUCAUCGCCGUGUACGCGCACUGGCCGUUCGCGCGGAUCAAGGGCAUCGGCUGGGGCUGGGGCGCCGUGAUCUGGCUCUUCAGCAUGGUCACCUUCUUCCCGCUCGACGUGUUCAAGUUCGCCAUCCGCUACUUCCUCAGCGGCAAGCAGUGGAACAACGUGUUCGACAACAAGACGGCGUUUGCCAACGAGCUGGACUACGGGAAGAGCAAGCGGGAGGCGCAGUGGGUGAUCGCGCAGCGGUCCCUGCACGGCCUGCAGCAGCCGGAGGCCUCGGGCCUCUUCAACAACGAGAACAGCAACGACUUCAUCGAGCUCUCCGAGAUCGCCGAGCAGGCCAAGCGACGCGCCGAGAUCGCAAGGCUAAGGGAGCUGCACACGCUGAAAGGGCACGUGGAAUCGGUGGUGAAGCUCAAGGGGCUGGACAUCGACACCAUCCAACACAACUACACCGUCUGA